CAGUUUGCUUAAACCCUUGUCGAAUUAGAAACACUAGUUUCGUCUCCCUUCUUCUUCCUUGUCUGUAAACUAGCUACUGUAGAAUUUUAUAGGCGAAGAUGGAUGGAGAAGGAGAAGAUGGAUCUAAAGUAAUUCACGUGAAGUUCGUGACGAAGCUUUACCCUCCGUUCAAAGCUCCGGUUAGCUCUGUCGUCAUCCCUUCAAAUGUCACUCGUCUCGGCCUCUCUUCCAUCGUCAACUCUCUCCUCACUCUCGAGAAACCUGAGGCAUUUGACUUCUUGAUCGAUGGGGAGCUUAUUCGAAUGUCGCUUGAACAGUUUCUUCUCGCCAAGGGAAUCUCAGCGGAACGAACUCUUGAAAUCGAGUACAUAAGGGCUGUUGCACCACGCAAGGAGGAGAAACCUUCAUUGCAUGAUGAUUGGGUCAGUGCCGUUGAUGGUUCUUCUCCCAGGUUCAUUUUGACUGGAUGCUAUGAUGGUUUAGGAAGGAUAUGGAGCUCUCCUGGAUCGUGUACACACAUUUUAGAAGGCCACACUGGUGCAAUCUCCUCUGUUGCUUUUGUUAACUCCCAAGGUGGAGAAAGUGUUACUGUAGCAACCGCCUCUAAAGAUCGGACAUUGAGAUUGUUUAAGGUUGAUACAGCUGAAUCUGGUGACUCUACUACAAGAGUCAGGGCUUACAAGAUAUUGCGUGGGCACAAGGCGUCAGUGCAAAGUGUUGUAGCGGAGAAACACGGGAACAUGGUUUGCUCAAGUUCAUGGGAUUGCACGAUCAAUUUAUGGAACACAGAUGAGUCUGAGUCAGAGUUGUCAGUAUCAGGGAAGAAAAGAAAAGGGAAUAAUCAGGCCGAGGAGGCUCAAUUAGAGGGAGAGGCGGUGACUACAUUUAUUGGACACACACAGUGUGUCUCAUCAGUUGUUUGGCCAGAGGAAGAUGUGAUUUAUUCCUGUUCAUGGGACCAUUCUGUAAGGAGAUGGGAUGUUCCAACAGGGAAAGAUACUCUGAACUUGUACUGUGGAAAAGCGCUCAACACGGUUGAUGUUGGCGGUGAAGGUUCUGCACUUGUAGCUGGUGGUGGUUCAGAUCCAGUUCUUAGAGUAUGGGAUCCUCGUAAGCCUGGAACAUCUGCUCCCGUGUUUCAGUUCUCUUCACAUUCGUCGUGGAUAUCCGCCUGUAAAUGGCACGAAAGCUCUUGGUUUCACUUGCUCUCAGCUUCCUAUGAUGGCAAAAUCAUGCUCUGGGAUCUCAGAACCGCUUGGCCUUUGUCAGUGAUCGACACACAUAAGGAUAAGGUUUUAUGUGCGGACUGGUGGAAAGGAGACAGUGUAGUGAGCGGAGGAGCUGACUCUAACCUUCGAAUCUCUUCCGGAAUCUCAAUUUCUUAAUAAAAGGUCUGAAAACCCCGAAAUCUUUCGACUAUUUUCUUACAUGGAAUGUUGUUGAAACAAAACUGUACUCAGUUUCUUAUAAAGGUGUGAAUUCUAAAAGCUUUCGACUAUUUGUUUUCUUAUAUCUAAUGUGGUAAAGAAAGAGCAAGAUGAUGGAUCAAAGGAUUCCGAUCCUGGAAUGAGACUGUUGUAAGUUCUGCUAGAGAAAGCUUACUGAAGAUUUUGUAUACUCUUUUCAUGUUUUGAAAUGUUUGAUUCUGGUGGGAAUUAAUGUUAUUUUGUAUUGUUUAAGAGUACUGAUUAUUAUUAUUUUUUAAAUUGAAUUUACUUGUUUUGUAUGCCA